GCGACUGUGUCCCUUUUCCCACUGCGUAGCGCUCCUUCACGCUCACAAAGAUGGUGGCGGGCGGGCCGCAGGCGAUAGGCGACUGGCGCCCUACCUGAUUCGCUUUUGAGGUAAAGUGAAUCUGGAAAGAAACAAUGGCAGCUUUGGAUACUAAAGCAAAAGCAAAGAAAACUCUGGGAACUGUUGAUUAUGUGGAGUCGUCAGAAUUUGCACAAGGAAUUCUACCUACAAAGAAGGAUGUCAUUCAAAAUAUGUUAUAUCUGUUGCACCCUAAAAGGGCUGGGCAGGCCCAGCGAUCCAAAGAAGAUGCUGCCCAAUUGCUUGCUGAACUUUUGCAGGAACACUGGUUAUUUUGCAAUUUGUACACCAUAGCAACACAUAGCAUAAAAAACCAUAUACUUAAGGUAUAUGAGGAAUUCUCCAAGUUGUAUCAGUCCAGAAAGCGAAGAAAAAAUGAGCUGUUUACACAAAAAGCAGAUGACUUCAACAGGAGCUCAGAACAGCUUUUUGAUAUAUUUUGUGCAGAUACAGUUACAAGAGAGAAACUGGAGCAAUACAGCGGUAUGAAGAUGACAGACAUUGAGUGGAAAUUUCUUGAAGAUCAAAGAAGUGAAAGAAAAAUGUACUUUGAGGACUUCAUGGACAAGAAGCAAAUGGAAACAUUAGAAAGCCGAAGAAAAGUGCAGUCACUGGAGCGUUUCAGGAAGAUUGCAGAAGAAGAGAAAGAAACUUGUAAGCGUAAAGGAAUGGCUUCCAGUAGAGAUGAACAGCCAGAUGAAGAAGUCAGCAGUAGGAAUAAAGAUGACUCUUGUCUUGAACGCAGCAAGGGAGCCGGAGACUUUUCACCUAAGGCAAAAAGGAAGCGCCUCUCUUCUAGUUGGAUUACUGGGACUGCAACUUCAACUAGCUAUGGCGAGUCAGUUCCUCAUGAGUGUCAGCAUCUACGUAUGAGCAUCAGAAAAGUCAGACCGGGGUUCUAUGAGACUUUCGACAAAUAUGAAAACUGCUAGCUUCACAUAUGAAUUGCUAGAGGAAUUGCUUUUGUUGAAGUUGAAAAGAGUUUGGGGAGGUCUUAAAAUAACCUGAUCAAUUGGAAGUUGAUGUAGAUACUAUGUUGGGCUCCAUAAAUGUAUAGCGACAGCACCAAAGCAAUGACACCAGUAGAACAUGGCUUUUAGCUUACUGAGAAGGUUAAGAUGUGAUUUGUUUAGGCCCGUAUUGGUACCUUCACAAGGUAAAAGUGCUAGAUAUUAAAAGGCUGUAGCGCAGCAGAGGAAGGCAGAAGAACUAGUUCGGAGAUGCAC